CUCGUUAUCAAACUGGCCUAAGCUUUCUGUGUGAAGAAAGAUCUUUGCACUCGAGUAGCCGCAAGAGGGAUAAAAAUGUUGAGUUCUGCGCGAAGAGUAGCCACACUGGCGCUAAGAAGCCAUCAACCCUGCUCUCAGGUAGCUUUGAAACACACUUUACCAGACUUGCCAUAUGAUUACAAUGCAUUGGAACCCACAAUUUCCGCCGAAAUUAUGCAACUUCACCAUAGUAAACACCAUGCAACUUAUGUGAACAACUUGAAUGUAACCGAGGAAAAGAUCGAGGAGGCGAAGUCUAAAGGAGAUGUUUCUGCAGCAAUAUCUCUGCAACCUGCGCUGAAAUUCAAUGGAGGUGGUCACAUAAAUCAUUCAAUAUUUUGGACAAAUCUGAGCCCUAAUGGUGGCGGAGAACCAGCAGGAGAAUUGAUGGAGACAAUUGUAAGGGACUUUGGGUCUUUUGAAAAUAUGAAAGCUAGACUGUCAAACGCAACUGUUGCAGUUCAGGGCUCUGGAUGGGGCUGGUUGGGAUAUGAUGCAGUAAACAAGAGAUUAUCAGUUGCAACCUGCCAAAACCAAGACCCACUCCAAGCAAGCACAGGGCUUGUUCCUCUCCUUGGUAUUGAUGUAUGGGAACAUGCUUACUACCUGCAAUACAAGAAUGUGAGGCCAGACUAUGUGAAGGCAAUUUACGAUAUUGUGGACUGGGGAAAUGUUGCAGAGAGAUUUGCAAAUGCCAAAAAAUGAGGUUUAAAAACAAUGAAUUUUGUCAAUUGUCUGUAUGUGUAUGUUUCCAAACUUUAUGUAAUAAAAUACUGAACACAUUGCUGUCAAAAUGAG